GGAUAUUGCUUUUGUCAUGCGUUCUCUUGAUCCGGCGAUUUGCCUGCCAUAGCUAUACAGCUUUUGAUUGUGCUGAGAAUGUCCAAUGAAUGAUUUAUCUUGGAUUUCGAAACUGCUCGGCUUCUCCGCCAUCCACACACUCCAACGUGCUGCGAUGCACGCCAUGCUUUGUCAUAUCGACCAUUCAGGCCUCCAACUCGCCAUAUUUAAAAGACCGAAAGACACCCCGCUUAUAUCAUCAAAAAUGACCCGAGUAUUGGCUUCGUGUGCAGACACAGCCUUGACAAGUCAACACCAUACAUGAAGCGAAUGUGACCAGUCCACAGUAUUAGUUUGAAUACUUCGAGCCCGAACAAUACAAAGGGAGAAACGAUGGCGGACCCGGAUGCAAAGAAACAAUUGUACUUUACUCAAAUCGCGCCCGGGUACUCACGAGUCACGGGCAAUACUACGAAGGACCUAUUCAAUGAAGUUCUCCAGAGCCAUGACUUGUCGAUAAAUUCGGACUCCGUGAUCCAUGACAAUGCAGCUGGCCCCGGCACCGCCACUGAAGCCCUGAUAUCAUGGUGUCACCAGCAUAAUGUAUCACCUAAGAUUAUUGUCACAGACUAUGUCCCUGCCAUGGUAGACGCAUGCGAGGCGAUCAGGACAAAACAUGCAGACGACUCAUUAUGGCAGAGCGUUGCCAUUGCUGUCGCAGACUCGGCGUACCUCAAGGAGUUUGCCGACGAUUACUUUACGCACAGCAUCUGCAACUUCAGCAUAUUCACAUUCACGCACCCCACAAAAUGUCUACAGGAGAUCCGCAGAACCCUCCGGCCAGGCGGUGUUACGCUAGUGACAUGCUGGAAGCGUUUUGCCGUGUCCGAAGUCAUCGCCGCUGCUCAGGAUCAAGUCAAAGGAUCUGAGUGGGGUGAAGCACAUCGUAUGCCGGUGAAUGGACCUGAGUAUAUGCAGGAAGGACACACGGCGAAACUUGUCCGCGAGGCUGGCUUCGAAGAGGAGAAGACCCAAUCGUUCGCCGCGCAAACGGUAGUCAAGCGUGGGGAAGAUUGGGAUGGGUUGUACGAGUUCCUGCUGAACCCUUUCAUCAAGAGCGCCGCAACCAAAGAGUGGAGUGAACAGGAGCUGGGGAGAUGGCCCGAGGCGGUGAACGCAGCUUUGGAGAAGGAAGAACAAUCAUAUGGAGGGAUCCUGUUUGAGGCGUGGGUUAAGGUUGCGAGAAAGUAGGCCUUGUUAGACAAGUAUACUGUGAAGACCGCGGCGGCCUCUGCCAGCGUUCAUACUGUACCAACGUUCCGAUGACAGCCACGCUCCGGGAGCAGACCGACCUUGGACCCAUGGAGGCUUCCAUCUCGCUAACCUUGGGUAGGGAGGUACCGGCCAAGAGCGAUAUUCAGCAUAACUUCUCAGCGACGCACACCAAGCGAAGACGCUCGAAUGUCCUCUCCAACCUAGCCAGGGUCGAUAUAUAAAGCCAGUACCACCGUUACUAG